AUGGAGAAAGUCGAAGCUCUUGUGGACCGUGCUAAACACCUAGUACUUCAUGAGCCACCCGAGACACCAACACACACCGUGGACAAAUUCCACCCAUCUUUGGACGAUCAUAUCCAAGAGAUCUACAAGACAGUUAAUGCAUAUGCUCCAACUACAAACUAUUUCCUCCAGGAAAUGCAACAUGACACUACAAUCGCAACUUCCCCUGAGCCUGUCGCCGACGUUUUGGCUUCUCUGGAUACCUUUCGUGCCUACAUGAAAGAUGCGAACUCAUCUGCGAUGGCACUAGAAGAAGCCCUGGAUCUUUCUGCACCUAUUUCGGAUUAUUUCAUCUCGUCGAGCCACAACACUUAUUUGACGGGUAAUCAGCUGUACAGCGAUGCUGCUGCUAGUGCCUAUGUAUAUGUCCUCCUCCGCGGCUGCAGGUCGGUCGAGAUUGAUGUCUGGGAUGGAGAAUUGGACACCCCAAACUCAAGCGACGACGAGAAAAGCAGCGACAGUAGCAGCAGUGAUUCAGAGACAGAAGAAGGCAGCAGUACUGGGAGCAAGUUGAAAGAAAAGACGAAGGCCAAGAAAAGUGGUCAGGAAAAACCCACUAAAGCACAGAAAGGAUCAGUCGCGUCCAAAUUGGAAGCCAAACUCAACGGUAUACUUCGUCGCAAAUCCGUCAAGUCGCCCCAGCGACCAUCCCACGAAGAGACCGCAACGAGCCAUAUGCCUGUUCCCAUUGAGCCUCGUGUUCUGCAUGGCCAUACCCUAACCAAGGGCACUACAUUCCGUGAAAUCUGCUAUGCAAUCCGUGACAGUGCAUUUGUUGCCAGCGAUCUCCCAUUAGUCAUUAGUCUCGAGGUACAUGCCUCUCUUGAACAGCAACAGACGAUGGUCGACAUCAUGCUGGAGGCGUGGAAAGGAUUGCUCGUGGAGGCUCCUCCGAGUGGGGAAAACCUUCCCUCGCUGGCUGAUCUGAAGAAGAAGAUCUUGAUUAAGAGCAAAUGUGUUCCACCCAGCGCCGAGGGUGAGAAAUCGGAAGGAGAAGCUCUGACGCCGCAGAAAUCCGAUGAUAAGUCCUCAGAGCAGCAACCACCGAAGCCAUCAAAGAUUCUGGACGCUCUAGCCAAGAUGGCUGUUUAUACUCGCGCGUAUCAUUUCAGCCAUUUUGAUCAACCGGAGGCCAAAGUUCCUCUCCAUGUGUUCUCGCUUUCGGAGAAAGCAGCGCGAGAAGCCCAUGUCAACCAUCGUGACGCCUUGUUUGAGCACAACCGAAGAUCCAUGAUGCGUAUCUACCCGUACGCAUUCCGAGUCACCUCGUCAAACUUUGACCCAACAUUCUACUGGCGGCGUGGCGCUCAGCUAGUAGCAUUAAACUGGCAGAACCUUGACAAGGGCAUGAUGCUCAAUCACGGAAUGUUUGUCGGAAGUCACGGCUGGCGACUGAAGCCCGCCGGGUACCGAAGUGAUAAAAACUCUCCGACCAAUGUUAUCGAGCGCCGCAGCUUAACCCUCUCAAUCGAGAUAUACGCCGCACAGGACCUCUCUCUGCCGCCGGGCGACCACAGCGAGAGGGGAUUUAAACCCUAUGUGAACUGUCAGCUGCACGUCGAAGAACCAGAAGGCGAUGUUGCCCCGGACCAGGACGACGCGAGUUCCGACACAGAGAAGAGCAGCUACAGGCGGUACACGAAGAGUUCUUCAGGUCGGAACCCGGACUUCAAGGGUCAGAAGUUGGAAUUCCCGACCGUGACGGGGAUAAUUGAGGAGUUGAGUUUCCUACGGAUCAAGAUCAAGGACGAUGAGAUCGGUCGGGAUCCAUUGGCUGCAUGGGCUUGCAUCCGACUUGACCGGCUGCGGGAAGGCUACCGGCUGAUUCAUCUCCAUGAAUGCGUCGGCGACAAUGCCGGGGGUAUAUUGCUAGUUAAUAUUGUGAAGCAGUUUUCUUAG